CAACGCCUUAAUAUAAGGCUCACAAUUCGUUAAUUGAGUAACAAAAAUCAGAAAUUUACAUCAUUAAAUCUGUGUCAAAAUGGCAGAAAGUAAAUGGGACGAUAUUUCACCAGUUGUUAUUGAAAAUUUGAUAGACACUAUAAACAAUAAAGUGACGAAGAUGACAAUGGAAGCGCAACAAGAAAAUUCUCUUCGAAUGAACCAUUUCUCGACACAUUUGAAACAAAUGCUCAUAUUAAUCCGUAUUAAAUACAACAAGUAUUACGAAAAGUUAGAAGAAUUACAUAUUAAAAAAAUUUCUCCCUCGACUAGUCAAUCUCCAGAAAGUUGGUCAGAUUUGUUUCCUAUCGAUGUACGUUUGGGAGUUGUAGAAGAUUAUCUUCGUUUUAAGAAACAAUUACUAGAAAGUAUGUUAAGGCUAAUUGUAAGCUUUGAUGACGAAGUUAGAAUGACUUUUAUUUCUCCUUUAUUAAGGAUGGCUUUAAUUGAUUUAGAUCUUGUAUAAAUCUGAAUCUUCGAACGUCAAACCAUCGAUUUUACAAAUGGAUAAAGAAAAUAUAAAAACGUUUUUACAUUUAAAAUAAAUUUUUUAUGAGAAAACGUUCAUUGUCUGUAAAUUACUUAAACACUGACGU